AUGACCACUGACCUUCGGAAGAGGAAAAAAGACAGGGAGACGAAAAAUGGGGCGCCUCCAGAAACUGUGGACGAAGAAGAAAGCGAGGAAGAAAAGAAGCCCUUGUUUUGGUACAAGUUCUUUAGAAGGGCGGCCAUUGUGUUCUUGGUAAUUGCCCUGCUGAUUGGGGUAAAGUUGUACCGCGAUAACGAACUGGUGAAGCAGCAGGAUGCGGCUCUUCGGGCCCUCGGCACCGAGGGUCUGUUCCUCUUCUCUUCCUUGGAUAGCAACAAGGAUUUGUACAUAAGUCCCGAGGAGUUUAAACCUAUAGCCGAAAAGCUCACCGGGAUAACCCCAGCGUCUGACUACGAAGAGGAGGAGGACCUGGACCCCAAUGGGGAAACCUUGUCGGUGACUGCCCGCUUCCAGCCUCUGCUCAUGGAAACCAUGACCAAGAGCAAAGAUGGCUUCUUGGGGAUUACCAACAGCGCUCUUUCGGGAUUGAGAAACUGGACUGUCCCGGUAACACCGACUACCAUUUUCUUUGCCAAGCAGUUUAAAGCCUUUCUCCCGCCAAAGCACAAGUUGGAUCUUGGCGAUCCUUGGUGGAUUAUCCCGAGCGAGUUAAAUAUCUUCACGGGUUACUUGCCUAAUAACCGAAUUUAUCCGCCUCCUCCAAAGGGAAAAGAAGUUUUCAUCCACAAACUGUUGUCCAUGUUUCAUCCUCGUCCAUUCGUGAAAACCAGGUUUGCUCCUCAAGGUUCGGUGGCUUGCAUCCGAGCCGUCGGGGACUUCUAUUAUGACAUUGUUUUCCGGAUUCAUGCCGAGUUCCAGCUCAACGAACCACCCAAUUAUCCUUUUUGGUUUUCUCCAGGUCAAUUCACCGGCCAUAUUGUCAUCUCCAAAGAUGGGUCUCAUGUGAGAUACUUCAAGACGUAUGUCCCUAAUAACCGGACUUUGAAUGUCGAUAUGGAGUGGCUGUAUGGAGCAAGCGAAAGCAGUAAUAUGGAGGUGGACAUUGGCUACCUGCCUCAGAUGGAAAUGGAGUCCAUGGGUCCUUCCAUCCCUUCAGUCAUCUAUGAUGAAAACGGAGAUGCCAUUGACAGCCGUAGCCCCAACGGCGAACCUCUAGAGUUUGUAUUUGACGAUAUUGUUUGGCAGUCCGAAAUAAGUCGGGAGGAAGCUGCCAAAAAGCUUGAGGUCACCAUGUACCCCUUUAAGAAGGUGCCCUACCUUCCUUUCACAGAAGCUUUUGAUAGAGCUUUUGCCGAAAAGAAACUUGUACACUCCAUCCUACUUUGGGGCGCCUUGGACGAUCAAUCCUGCUGAGGUUCGGGGCGAACUCUCCGGGAAACCGUCCUGGAGAGUUUGCCCGUUCUCGCUUUGCUCAACCAGAGCUUCGUCAGCAGUUGGUCGCUGGUGAAGGAGCUCGAGGAACUCCAAAAUAACCAGGAGAGCAAGCCGUAUACAACAUUUGCCGCUCUUCACUUGGAGAACUACAAUUUCCCGGUGGAAAUGAUGAUCUGUCUUCCCAACGGCACCGUUGUCCACCACAUUAACGCCAACCACUUCUUAGAUAUCACUUCUGUGAAGCCAGAGGACGUGGACACCAGCUUGUUCAGUUUUUCUGACGGUUUGGAGGAUGUGUCCACCUCCACCUAUGUGAAGUUUCUGAAAGAAGGGCUUGAGAAAGCAAAGCCAUUCUUGGAUUCAUAG